AGAUGCUGGAUCAUUUGGUAAAGUCUUGCCGUCCUCUGCGCACCAAAACGAGCUGAACAGGAGACGGAUAGAAGACCCGGAGCGUCUCCUCUGGUGCGCGCAGAGGUGUCUGUCGCUAGAAAAAGGAUUAAUGAGCCAAAAAGGCAUCCAGCUGCACCUUUAAAGGCUCAUUUCGGCGCUUUUACGCCUGGACUGCCUCACACCUUCCUCUUUCAUAUUCAUAUCGAGGAUACCUGUACCUCUACUGAUGGAACAGGGUCACUCCAACGUUCUCCUGCAGCCGCCCAGCGCCACCUAACAUUUCCUGGAAGAACGUGUCCAUUGCCUGCUCCCAACAAACAUGGACUGUUUUCCCAUGCUUUAUUUUCUGUCGAGACAUCAUGAUUCCUGGUAAUCGAAUGCUGAUGGUCAUUUUAAUAUGCCAAGUCCUGCUGGGAGAGAGCAACCAUGCUAGUCUGAUACCUGAAGAAGGGAAAAAGAAAGUACCGGGCCUGCAGGGUCGUUCGGCCGCUCAGAGCCAUGAACUGCUGCGGGACUUCGAGGCCACGCUGCUGCACAUGUUCGGCCUCAAGAAGCGGCCGCGGCCCAGCCGCUCGGCCUCCGUGCCCCGCUACCUGCUGGACCUCUAUCGGCUACAGUCGGGGGAGGCUGAGGAGGCCGGGGCGCAUGACAUCGCUUUCGAGUACCCGGAGAGGUCAGCCAGCCGGGCCAACACUGUGAGGGGCUUCCACCAUGAAGAGCACAUGGAAAGGGUGCACGAUGUGGACGACGGAGAAACGGCGCCCCUUCGCUUCAUGUUCAACCUCAGCAGCAUCCCAGAGGACGAGCUGCUCUCGUCCGCCGAACUUAGGCUCUACCGUCAUCAGAUUGACGAGGCCAUCGCCGACGCCUUCUCAGACGACCAUGGGCUUCACCGGAUAAACGUGUACGAGGUGCUGAAGCCCCCGCGGCCAGGUCAGCUGAUCACGCAGCUCUUGGAUACGCGGCUCGUGCGCCACAACGCGUCACGCUGGGAGAGCUUUGACGUGAGCCCCGCGGUGCUGCGCUGGACUCGUGAGAACGUUCCGAAUUACGGGCUGGCCGUGGAGGUUCUGCACCUCAACCAGACGCCGCGCCACCAGGGCCGACAUGUACGCGUCAGCCGCUCGCUACACCGGGAGCCCGGCGAGGACUGGGAGCAGCUGCGCCCCCUCCUGGUUACCUUUGGCCACGACGGGAAGGGUCACCCGCUGACCCGCCGGACCAAGCGCAGCCCCAAGCAGCGGGGCCGUAAACGAAACCGCAACUGCCGGCGCCACGCACUAUAUGUGGACUUCAGCGAUGUAGGCUGGAAUGACUGGAUAGUGGCGCCCCCUGGUUACCAGGCUUAUUACUGCCACGGGGAAUGCCCCUUCCCUCUGGCGGAUCACCUGAACUCAACCAACCACGCCAUUGUUCAGACACUGGUGAACUCUGUGAACAACAACAUUCCCAAGGCCUGCUGCGUGCCAACCGAGCUCAGCGCCAUCUCCAUGCUCUACCUGGACGAACACGACAAGGUGGUCCUAAAAAACUACCAGGAAAUGGUGGUGGAGGGCUGCGGCUGCCGCUAACACACAGACUAACAACAACUCGGAAAGGCGCCGUGAAAAAAAGAAACAUGGACGCUAAAACAAAUCAGAAGGCCUUUACUCCCAAAAAUGUUCACUUGGACCCUUAUUUAUAACUUUUAUGUUGAGGUGUAUGUUUGUCUCACUUUUUUUUUUGUUUCUUUGACAAUAUGAUCAUAUAUUUUGACAAAAUAUAUAUAUUUAUAUCUACAUAUUAAAAAUAAAUUGAGUCCUUAUUUUAAACAUAAAAAAGCUGUACAACUUUUCAUAAUGUACAUUAGAUUGUAUAAGGUUUUUUUUUAUUGAGAAAAUAGUAAAAACAAUCUAAAAAGUAAAGUUUAUUUACUGGUAAUAUUUAUUGCUUUCAUAUGAUAUACAUUUUGAAGAAAAAAAUAAAAACAUGAAUUGCUUCCAGUAACACGUUCCAGCAGAUCACAAGAUGAACCCUUUUGUCUAUUUGCGUAAAUUCGAGCACUGCGUGAACAUAACGCAUAAUCAGAAAUGUACACUGACUUUAAUCAACCACUUUAAGACCCUUAAAACAAAUAUAUAAACUAUAAUAACUUUAUAAUAUAAGGGAUUGUAAAAAUAAAAGUUGACAGUAAUGAUCUAUUACUGUUUUAAUUUGAAUUUUGAUGUAAAUUCUAAGCAUAAUACUUCCUGAUGGCCUUUUAAAUGUGUUCAAAUCCCUUUUUAGCUAAAAGAAAUAUAAAAGCAGAGGAAUCUUUCUGAUGCUCUGUCUUUCCCUAAAUAAAAAAAUGUUUGAAUGAUUCAUCAAAGAAAGAAAAAAUAGUGGAAAUGAUCACCCUGACAGAAGCUGUUACAGAAAUGGUAUGCCAUUUCAAAGCCAGUAGGCCUUUAAGGGUUAGGGCCCUUAUUGUUCUCAAAUUUCACUUUUAUGUCAAUUAGGCUAACAUGUGGUGGUUGGACACUCGCUAAUCCAAUUGCAGCCGGGGCGGGUUGUUGAGCCCGGCUGUGAGAGAGUGAUUCUAUUGUUCUUGACGUCCCCACAUUGGGGGCAUGAUUGUGGCCGAUGCGUCCUGGCCUGAUACGAGGCGGCUGAGUCCUCAGAAGAAUCAAAGGUUAGACGCUCUGUCUCCUGCCUUUGUCUCCGGCGGCUCAUGCCGGCAGAGCAAAGACGCCUGUCUCCAACCUGUGCCCCAUCACACAAUAGGCUUCUACAUCACUUAUUUACAAGCUGACGGCUGGCCCAAAUUAUAUGAUAAUGUUUAGAGAGAGCGACUCCUUUGAACUGCAGGGGGACGUUGGCUGUGCAUUGUUUCGCAGAGAGCGCCCGGUGCAUCAUCAUGUCUCAUGUACAGGGGCGCAAAUAUAAAUAAUGAAAAAGCGGACAGUAUAAUCAGCAUGUUUUUAACACUUUAUGAAGUUUUCUUAAAAACUACAAAUUUAGGUUCCCAGUUAAUUGGUGUCUUUUUUUAACUUGAAAUAUUUCUUGGUUGGUUUGUUGUGUCAAAUGAAAUAGUUACAACACUU